UCCUUAAUAAUAGUAGUAGUAUCAGCAGCAGCAGCAACAACAGCAGCAGCAGUAGCAGCAGAUCACCUGCUGUUCAAGGUGGUGGCGCGCGGCAACUGGUUCUCGUCGGCGGGAUUAUGAUGGCGUCCGUCGCCAUUCGUGGCCAGGGAGCCGCGGGGUGAGGAUCUGCCGCUGUGUGUGUAUUAUCAGGGGGGAGGGGUAACCAUGGAACAGCAGCAGCAGCAGCAGCAGCAGCAGCAACAGCAAGGUGGCAGCGGUAAUGGCACCAACAGCAGGGGCAAGGUGGCCAGGCCUGUCAGUGAAGCCAGAAGAAUCCGCAAGCCCCUCAUGGAGCGGAAGCGCCGCGAGAGGAUCAACACGAGCCUCAACGACCUCGCCUCGCUGCUGACGGAGGCGCGGAUGGUGCGGCCUGAUGCGGGAGGGCGGCCCGCUAAGCUGGAGAAGGCUGACAUUCUCGAGCUGACUGUCAAACAUAUUCUGCGGCUCAAGAGACGCCCCGCGGCACCCAGCGACGCCUCCAAAGAGAAUUCGACCGAUGGCAGUUCGGGUCCCGAAGCAGUCGCCGCCCCUCCCGUCUGGCACGACCACUUUGAUGAGGACUCACAGGACAGUCUGCCUCCUGAAGUAGAGGACGAGGGCACACAAGCCCCCAGCCAAGACUCGCCAGAUUCCUCCUGUGACCCUCAGUCUCUCCAGAAUUUAACCUCGUCACCUGAGCCACCUCAAGACGCCCCAGGGGAAUCUCAUGUGCCUAGGAAGGAUCCCACUCAGUCUGAACUUGCAGUCAACGAUGAAAGCUACCAGCGAGGCUUUAUGCGCUGCAUGAAUGCUCUCAAUACGGUACUGCCUCGCGUCCAGGAUGCCUCCCUCCGCCAGCGGUUGUGGCAGCACCUCCAAGAGUUUCUGGGCUGCAAGGAAGGUACAUUAAUUCCUCCUCCUCUCCCUCUUCCUUCUACUUCUCAACAUGAGCAAGACACGAGUGUAACAAUCAAUCCUAAGACGGAGAUCCAGGAAGAAAACCCAGCGGCCCGCCUUACGCUGGUACCUACCAAGCUGCCAGGGGGCGGCCUAGCCCUUUUGGUUCAGGGUCCUCUCCACCCCGACGCCGAGAGUCUCCUCAUGCCCGCAACGGCAACUGUUAAGAGCGAGGAUACAGCAUCCUCCUGUUCACUGUCUCUCCCUCCCUCCAACCCUGCGCCAAGUUUGUCAACCCAAAAGCCUGUGGUGUCCCUCACACCCACGGAGCACCUAACUACAGCAAAGCAUGUGUCUGCAACAGUGACUCCCGCCUCAGUGGAGCGUGUGCCAGCAACAAUGACUCAUGCUUCAACAGCGCGUGUGCCUCCAACAGUGAUUACCACCUCGGCGGAGCGUGUGCCUGCAACAGUGACUCUUAUCUCAGCGGAGCGUGUGCCUGCAACAGUGAAUCCCACUACAGCAGCGUGUGUACCUGCAACACUGACUGCUACCUCAAUAGUGUCUGUGCCUGGAACAGUGACUCCCUCCAUCACAGUAGCCCCACCUACCACAGUGUCUUGCUUUGAACCAGAGUCUGUAUCCACCAUGGUACCUCCCUCCACCACUGUGCCUCUAUCCACGACAGUGUCUUCUCCAACCAUGGUGACUUCCUCCACCAAAUCAUUUUCCUCCACCACAGUGUUUCCCUCUAAAACAAUUCUUCCCUUUACUGCAGUGCCUUCCUGCACCACAGUGCCUCCCUUCUCCACAGUGUCUACGGUGACACCAUUGCGUGCGCCUCACAGCACAACGAAUACGACCGUACCCGUUACUACAAUAGUGCCUGUGACUAACGGCGUGACUGUGGCCUUACGAGUGACGCCGCCCACCACUGUGCCUGUGCCAGCAGUUGUGCCUCUUACCACUACAUCAUCUCCAGCCUCCACAGUGUUCCUCACCACCUUCACUAACACCUCAACGGUGUCCCAUAUCACCAUGGCCAAGACCACGGUGCCUCACAUAAUUACCACUACCCCUACAGUACCCAACAUUACUACCAACACCACUACCACUACACUACCCCUCUCCACCACCACAACUACCUCCAACACUACAGUGUCCCACAUCAUCACCACUGCAUUACCCCUCUCCACCGCCACCACCACCACCACCACCACCACCACCACCACCACCAAAGAUCCGCGUCACAUCCCCUGCAGACCCUGCCUUAGGCCAGGACUUAAGGGUGAGCCACUCCUGCUCUCCACACCUAAGUCCUUCAUGGGGCCUCACCCGCCGCCCACUCCUCCGCCUACACCAAACUUCACAGACACGUCCGCCCCAACACCUACGCGAAUCCUCACACCACUGCCACGCUUCUCCACGCCACGCCCACCACCUCAAGGCGAGUGGUCAGUCCGCGGUGUGAGGGUGGGCGUGGUACCGCAUCCUUGGGCUCACUCCUCUCCCCGCCCCUCACACCCAUACAUAGAGACACCGCGCCCAUCACCACCUCACAACCAUUCCUAGCCCCACCACCACCAGCGCCACCACAACACACAACUCUCCCCUCUCUAGCAUCACCACAACUACCGCAUCACCACACAGACCACACACCACCACAACCACCACACCUGCUCCAUCACCGCCAUUACUACACUACCCACACACCACCACCACCACCUC